CGUAAUUUUCUUGUGAGCCGAAGUUUACUUCUUACACCCACCAGCCUACCCUUUCUAUUCCCUUUCUUCGAAUUCAAUGGCUCGCGCUUUUUGCAUUCCAGGAAUUAUUUUCCUCCUCUGUGCCACCGUGCUUAGCUUCCUCGUGUCUAUAUCGUUGCCCUUCUUGCCCGCCCUUGACAUCGCUCGAACCCAUUUCCCAGGAACUGCGCUAGUCAAUGGACAGAUAGUAGAUGAACUUAGGUUUGGUGUCUGGGCUCAGUGCACCUAUACAAGCAGCGAUGACCGUAUCUGUGCUCAGGCACAACACGCCUACUCUGUUAGUAUUUCGAAUACGAGAAAAGAUUCGGGCGUUAUCAUUGGAAGUAGCUGGACUCGCGGCCUCGCGAUCCACCCAGUUGCAACCGCCGUAACUUUUAUCGCCUUCCUCCUCUCGUUUUCAACUCAUGUCACGAUUACUCUCAUCUCGUCGGUCGUGUCCUUCCUCGCCGCACUUAUUACCUUAAUCGCCUUCGCGGUGGACAUCGCCCUUUAUGCUUUCUUGAAACAUGAAGCCGGAAAUGUCAAUGACGUUCGAGCGAAUACUAAAACAGCACCGGGAUUCUGGCUCACUUUCGUUUCCUUGAUUCUUCUCCUGUUGGCUGGGUGCACGGUUUGUUUCGGUCGGCGCAGAGACCGUAUGGCAGGCGCUUCUUCCCCUGCCUAUCCCAUGUCUUCAACCAAAAAGAGACCAUUCUGGCAGAGAUUCCGCAGGAAUUAGAUGGUCGAUUGAUGAUGAUGGCGUACCCGCGUCAUUGUCCAAGCUUCUGUGGAGAGUAGGAUGAGAAAGUGGUGUUGAGUAGGCACGAGGUUUGGUGAUGAUAUAUUUGGACUUGGACUCGACUUCUUUCUUUAUUCUCUUUGAUCUGUUUUCCCCCUCGAUUCGUUCAUUUAUCAUGUAUACCCUGGGAAGAUCGUGACUUUCCUUGUUCUUUUUUGCCGCGCUCUCAGUGGUCUUUGUUUGAUGUACACUCAAGUAAUGGUACCAGCCCAUACUUCGUGAUUUCGGAUAUAACACGCGUGUUUGACAGCAUACAUUUUGUAAUCGUGACUACGCUGAAUUGUAC